UAUAAAUACAAUUUAUAGUCUUUUAAUUGACAAAAGAAACGGUGUAAUCAAUUUGUUCUUUGUUACAGAUAAAAAAGAAAAAGAAAAGAAAACAGCAAAUAUCCAGUUUCAGAAGAGAUUAGCAUAAUCACCACGACAGAUGAAACAGCAAAGUACCUACGUUAUAUUCUACAUUCCGCGUCAUUGAAGUGCACAAACUGAUUCACGAUGAGCCUCGUUUACGCGAUAAUCGUUCUAUUCGUUUCCAUCGUCGUAUAUAUUUUCCAUGCAAAUCGGAAGGCGCGUCGUUUACCACCUGGUCCUUGGCAACUUCCGAUCGUCGGAUAUCUUCCAUGGAUCGAUCCAGAAAAACCACACGAAACUCUAACGAAAUUGGCUAAAGUUUAUGGCCCUGUAUACGGAUUUCACAUGGGCUCCGUUUACACCGUGAUACUGUCGGAUCCUCAAAUAAUAAAGCAAACGUUCGCAAAGGAUGCGUUGAGCAGCAGAGCGCCUUUGUACCUCACACACGGAAUCAUGGAAGGAUAUGGAUUGGUUUGCGCGGAGGGAGAACGAUGGAAGGAUCAGAGAAAAUUUGUUAGCAACUGUUUGCGAAACUUUGGGAUGGUGAAGCACGAAGGACCAAAACGAGAGAAAAUGCAGAAACGAAUAUUGGAUGCAGCAGACGAAUGUGUAUCGAUACUAAAAAGACGCGGAGCAGAUGGACCAAUCGAUCCAUUAGAUACGCUUCAUCACUGUAUGGGCAAUCUCGUUAAUAGCAUCGUGUUUGGGAAAACGUACGGGGAAGAUGAACAAGUCUGGAAAUGGCUGAGACAUUUGCAGGAAGAAGGAGUGAAGCAGAUUGGCGUCGCUGGGCCACUCAAUUUUUUACCUUUUCUCAGAUUCUUGCCACGAUACGGGAGAAUAAUACGAUCUAUCGUCGAUGGAAAGGAGAAAACGCACGAAGUAUAUCGGCAGAUACUCGUCGAGCAUCGUGCACGAAUCAAGGAAUCAGAAAAUACGGAUAAAAUUGACAGCUUUCUGGCGGCAUUCGACGAACAAAUGAGAAAAAGGAACGCUGUGGAAUCUGGCUUUUUUACGGAACCUCAACUGUACCAUUUAUUGGCGGAUCUUUAUGGUGCUGGAGUUGAUACCACUUUGACCACCCUUCGUUGGUUCCUCUUAUUCAUGGCUGCCUAUCCCGCGGAGCAGGACAAAAUACAAUCGGAGAUGGAUCUGUAUACAAAAGAAGGAGCUCAACUAACUUUGGAGGAUAGAAUCGUCAUGCCUCGUCUCGAGGCUGCUAUCGCCGAGGUGCAAAGGAUAAGAAGUGUUACGCCACUCGGUUUUCCUCGUGGAACAUCAGAGGAUACGCGAAUAGGUGAUUACGAUGUGCCACGCGGUGCCAUGAUCGUGCCGAUGCAGUGGGCUGUUCACACCGAUUCUGCUUACUGGCAAGAUCCUCUCGAAUUUCGACCCGACAGAUUCCUAACCGAUGAUGGAAGUUUCUUCAAACCGGAAUCGUUUCUCCCAUUUCAAAGUGGAAAACGCGUUUGCGUGGGAGAGGAACUCGCUAGGAUGAUACUGUUCCUGUUCGCCGGGAGGAUACUGCGCGCGUUCACUAUAUCCGUACCAGCGAACGAAGUCGUCGAUCUCGAAGGCGAGUGUGGCAUCACGCUUGUACCGAAGCCACAUCGUUUGAUGUUCGUUCCACGAACAUCAAUAAGAGAUGGAAAUUGUCACUCUUAUUAUUAAUCAGAUUGCGGAUCAUUGAAAGAGAAUUCUUUAUUCUCACGAAUACAAUUAAAGCAAAAUUUUGAUCCCGUUGCUAAAUAUUACAGCAAGUAUGUUCUACUUCCUCGGUAUGUUACAUGAUUUCGCAUAUUAUGCAAAACAAACAAUUUAAACGUAUAACUCAUAAACGCGGAAAAUACUAUCGGUCUCAUAGUUCAUAGUUUUGUAUUUUUGCAAAUAUGAUUAAAGAGGAUGGAAAUUUAUUUCGUCUAAUAAAUAUUAAUAAUAUUGAAAUACUCUGCUUUGAAUCAUUCACAGAUUUUCCAUCGAUUCUGCAGAUUCUUGAUCACUCUUAAAUCUGCUACAUUCCUUAAGCAAGAAGUAAAAUAUAAAAAACAUGAAACACAAAUUUGUUUCAUCUAAUGAAUAUUUUAUCUCAUAGAUUCUAUAUCACAGACUAUUACACACCUGUACUCUAUAGAUCUUUGUAUCCUCAAAUCUGUUAUAGGCGUUUUAUUCUUCCUUUUUUUUUUUCUUUUUUUUUUUUUUCUUUUCACGAGAAUGAACGCUUUUUAUAAUUAACCUGUUCGAAAGAUCGAUCGUUUAGAAAGUUUUCGUCCAACGGAUAAACGACGGGACUCUUUCGUUUCUCCUUUUCUCAAUCCCGUUCUCCUCCCUACCCCCUUUGUUGCUGUUCGCUCCUUUUUUGUAUCCGUCUUUUUUCUUAAAUACCUGUUCCUUCGUCUUGUUCCAGCUGUAUAUCGGUUGUUAUCCCAAAGCCCAGCUUCCGCCCACAUUCUCCUUCCACCUUCUCCAAUCUUUUAAUCUUCCCCUCGGCGGGUGUAUUUCUGACUUGAAAACUGUACAAAAUCGAUCCCUCGUAAAAGGCAUCUUUCUUCUUCUUCUUCUUCUUCUUCUCCUUUGUCGUCAUCAAAUCGCGGAUUUUUAUGCGGAUUUGUAUCUUUAGAAAUACAGAUUGAAGAAACGGUGGAUAGAAAAUUUUUUUUUCGUAGCAAAUAUUAUACAGAGUAACAUUCAAUAUUUUGUGUCUCUCUCUUUCAAAAAUUGAUAAAAAAUUGUCUUACGCAGCAAAUAUCUUGGAUAUUUUAUACGUAGAAUUUCAUAUUUAUUUGUUCUUUCUCUUCGUUGAUUUUUGUGUAAAUUCGUGCUUUUUUAAAAUACAAUUGAAGAAAUAGUAUCUGGAUAAUAUAAGAAUAAUUGUACUUUAACUUCUUUUAUAGCUUUAUAGCUUGUAACUUUUUUUUUUACUAUUAUUUUUUAUUUUUUAUUAUGGUCACUUUGUACAAUUUUGUGUUCCUUUCUUCUUCGUCAUCGUUAAAUUUUUAUCGGAUUUUUAUGCAUUCGUUUUCUUUUCCAGAAAUGUAAUAGUAAAAACAGUAUUUAGAUAGAAAAUUGCUUUACCUUUACCAAAUAUAUUUUUAUAUCUCAAAAUUUCUUAUAAAUGCAUGAAAAUCCACAAAAUUUCUAUCUUCUUUCUUUAUUUCUUUUUCUGUCUCUCUCUCUCUCUCUCUCUUUUUAACGAGACAGUGUUUCGAGUACAGCUGGAAAAAAAUACGAAAUGACUAUCCUACGGAGAAGGAAGAGCGAAAAGGAGGGAAGGUCAUCGACUCCUGAAUCGAACGGACGAGUAAAAACGAAUAAUGUAAUUUUCUUAAUUUCCAACAACAUCACAAACACAAUCAUAUUCGCCCUUUUCGAUCGUGAGUACAUACAUGUAUCCACAUGUAUCCGCAUCAUUGAUUUCCAUGGAGAUACAAAACAUCGAUUUAUUUCGUGCGAAGAGGAGGCACGCGCAAUUAUUAAUAAUUAAAAUUACUUGUAGGCUCGAUCUGA